GUCGCUGCUGUCGCCCAAGCCACCGAGUUGGUCCUUCGAAGAGGCCUGCACCAUGCCAGUCAUCUUCGUCACGGUGGAAGAGGCUUUGGGGGACCUAGCGCAACUGAAGCGCGGGGAACGGGUCUUGAUCCAUGCGGCUGCCGGCGGAGUGGGGUUGGUGGCCAUCCAGUACGCGCAGCACGUGGGGGCAGAGGUCUAUGCCACUGCUGGCGCAGAGGAGAAGCACGAGUACCUCCGGAGCCUUGGGGUGAAGUACAUCACCAGCAGCCGCAACGGGGCCCGCUUCGAAGAAGAGAUGCGGGCCUUCCUGGAACGAGAGGGAGCCGAGGGCGUGGACGUCGUGCUGAACUCGCUAUCGCACGAUGACUACAUCCCCCGGUCUCUGGCACUGCUGCGCAGUGGCGGCCGCUUCGUGGAGAUUGGCAAGCGUGGAAUCUGGUCCCACCAGCAGAUGUUUGAGAGCCGUCCGGAUGUGAUGUACGAGAAGAUCGCUGCAGACACCAUGAUGGAGAAAGAGUCCUGGAGGUACAACGCUUACUUGAAGCGCUUGCGGGACCGGGUGGAUGCCGGAGCUCUCAAGCCCAUCCACAUGCACGUCUUCGAGGGACUGGAACAAGGAGUGCGAGCUCUUCAAUUCCUCCAGCGAGCCCAGAACAUCGGCAAGGUGGUAAUCUCUGAGCCUAGCAAGCUUCCUGUGGGAACACACGUCCUGAGCGGGGGCACGGGCGCCUUGGGCGUGGUGACGGCCCAGUUCCUGGCGGAGGAGGGUGCCAAGUCGCUUUGCCUUCUCUCCAGGGGAGGGCGCCCGCAGGAAGAGGUGCAAGCGCGCUGGGACUGGCUGCAGGCCAGUGCUCUGCAGCUGCAAGUCGUCCGCUGCGACGUCUCGGAGGAGGCCUCCGUGCGCGCCGCGGAGCUCAAGGAUGGUCCCUUCGCAUCCUUGUUCCACCUGGCGGGAGCAUUGGCCGAUGCUAUGCUACCAGCGCUGGAUCGCGAGAUGUUUCAGAAGUCCUACGGAGCUAAAGUCCACGGUCUUCGCCACCUGCUGCGUUACCACUUUUCGGACGCUGCCCAGCUGAUCCUCUUCUCCUCCACCUCCUCGCUCUUCGGCGCUCCAGGCCAGGGCAACUACGCGGCUGCCAACAGUGCUCUGGACGCCUUUGCUGCCUUUGCCCGACUGCGUCCUGGAGGUGCCGUGUCGGUGCAGUGGGGUCCCUGGGCCGAAGUGGGCAUGGCUGCCCAGAAGGGCACCGUUCAGAGGGCCAAGGCCAGUGGCAUUGGAGCCCUCACCAAUCAGCAAGGCCUGGGCCCCAUGUGA